GGCUGUGAAAGGAGUGGUAAUGUUUAAUCAGUUUCUGUGGAGGAGUUAGCUUGCUUUUUCCUUUGUAGAUCAUUAUCUAUAGAAAGACGUUAAGGGCAGGCAACACCAUGUUGAAGACAGAAUAGGCUGAACUGGUGCAGGGUCUCUGAACAGUUCCUGGGAACUGAUUUAGAACGGAAAUAUUUUAAGCACUUAGGCCAACAUUCGAUUGCAUUAGACCUAAAUAACAAAGUUACUGGAGAAACAUGGCUCAGCAGACAAGUCCAGACAAUUUGCCUGUUCCUGAAGGGGAUAAUACACACAGUCAAAAUCCAUGGCUAAAUGAAGAUCUUGUGAAGACCCUGAGGGAAAACCUGUUACAACAUGAAAAGUCCAGGACAACUCGAAAAUCUUCACCUGCUUCUCCUCGGCUGUGUCCAGUUAUUUCUCCCCGAAAUUCUCCGAGGCUCUUGAGAAGGAUGUUUUUAAACAGCAACAUACCAAAACAGCGUCGUUUCACUGUGGCACAUACCUGUUUCGAUGUAGACAAUGGUACAUCAUCAGGACGAAGUCCCUUGGACCCCAUGACAAGCCCUGGGUCAGGGCUAAUUCUUCAGGCAAAUUUUGUCCACAGCCAACGUAGGGAGUCUUUCCUUUACCGGUCAGACAGUGAUUAUGAUCUGUCUCCAAAGUCCAUGUCCAGGAAUUCCUCCAUUGCCAGUGAUAUACAUGGCGAUGACUUGAUUGUGACACCAUUUGCACAGGUUCUGGCCAGCCUGCGUACUGUCCGGAAUAACUUUGCUGCAUUAACCAAUUUACAAGACCGGGCACCCAGCAAAAGAUCACCAAUGUGUAGCCAACCAUCUAUUAACAAAGCAACUAUAACAGAGGAGGCCUACCAAAAACUGGCUAGCGAGACCAUGGAGGAGCUGGACUGGUGCCUGGACCAGCUUGAGACCCUGCAGACCAGGCACUCCGUCAGCGAAAUGGCCUCGAACAAGUUUAAAAGAAUGCUCAACCGUGAGCUAACCCACCUCUCUGAAAUGAGCAGGUCAGGCAAUCAGGUCUCAGAAUAUAUAUCAAACACUUUCUUAGACAAGCAACAUGAAGUUGAAAUCCCUUCUCCAACACAGAAAGAGAAAGAGAAAAAGAAGAGGCCAAUGUCCCAGAUCAGUGGAGUCAAAAAGCUCAUGCACAGCUCCAGCCUAACUAAUUCCAGUAUUCCCAGGUUUGGAGUUAAAACAGACCAAGAAGAUGUUCUUGCCAAGGAACUUGAAGAUUUGAACAAGUGGGGCCUUCAGGUUUUCAGAGUAGCAGAGUUAUCUGGAAACAGACCUCUGACUGUCAUCAUGCACACUAUUUUUCAGGAGCGGGAUUUGUUAAAAACUUUUAAGAUUCCAGUAGAUACUUUAAUAACUUAUUUGAUGACCCUGGAAGACCACUACCAUGCAGAUGUGGCAUACCACAAUAACAUACAUGCUGCAGAUGUGGUUCAGUCAACCCAUGUCCUACUAUCAACCCCAGCAUUAGAGGCGGUGUUCACUGAUUUGGAGAUUCUUGCAGCAAUUUUUGCCAGUGCAAUACAUGAUGUAGAUCAUCCUGGGGUUUCAAACCAAUUUCUUAUCAACACGAAUUCUGAACUUGCCUUGAUGUACAAUGACUCAUCAGUACUGGAGAAUCAUCACUUGGCUGUGGGUUUCAAGCUGCUGCAGGAAGAAAAUUGUGACAUUUUCCAGAAUUUGACCAAAAAACAGAGACAAUCGUUGAGGAAAAUGGUCAUUGACAUUGUACUUGCAACAGAUAUGUCUAAGCAUAUGAAUCUACUGGCUGAUUUAAAAACUAUGGUUGAAACUAAAAAAGUGACCAGUUCUGGUGUCCUGCUUCUUGAUAACUAUUCAGACAGGAUUCAGGUUCUUCAGAAUAUGGUGCACUGUGCAGAUCUGAGCAACCCUACCAAGCCGCUCCACCUCUACCGCCAAUGGACAGAUAGAAUAAUGGAGGAAUUUUUCCGUCAGGGAGACCGGGAACGAGAAAGGGGAAUGGAGAUAAGUCCCAUGUGUGAUAAGCACAAUGCAUCUGUAGAAAAAUCACAGGUGGGUUUUAUAGAUUACAUUGUUCAUCCUUUGUGGGAGACGUGGGCAGAUCUUGUUCACCCGGAUGCCCAGGAUAUCUUAGAUACACUGGAGGACAAUCGAGAAUGGUACCAGAGCACAAUCCCUAGAAGUCCCUCUCCUGCACCUGAAGAAAAGGAAGAGGGAAAGCAGGGUCAAACUGAAAAAUUUCAGUUUGAGCUAACGCUGGAGGAAGAUGGUGAGUCAGACACCGAAAAGGACAGUGGAAGUCAAGUAGAAGAAGACACCAGCUUCAGUGACUCCAAGACUCUUUGCACCCAGGAUUCAGAAUCUACUGAAAUUCCUCUUGAUGAGCAAGUAGGGGAAGAAGUGGAGGAGGAGGAGAACCAAACAGCAGAGUCUUGUGUGGUAGAAGAACAUUCUCCUGACACAUAACAAUGAAAACACAGUCUCUUUCUCUUGCUCA